AUGGCCAACAGAGUCGCCGUCGCCAGCGUCAUCGCCGCGGUGGGCAUCGUGGCCGUGAUCGGCACCAUCGCCGCGGUGACCAGCACCAACAAGGUGGACGACAACGACGCCGCCGGCAUGUACUCCAGCGUGGAGCUUUCCACGGUGUGCGCGUCCACACUGUACCCGCAGAAGUGCGAGCAGAGCCUGAAGCCCGUCGUGAACAACACCUCCGACCCGGAGGACGUCCUCAAGGCCACGCUCAACGUGGCGCUGGACGAGGUCGCCUCCGCCUUCCAGCGGUCCGCGCACAUCGGCAAGGGCGCCACGGACAACCUCACCAGGAAUGCCAUGGACGUGUGCAAGAAGCUCCUCGACGACUCCACCGAGGACCUCAGGGCCAUGGCAAGGCUCAAGCCCGAGGACGUGGUGCGCCACGUCAAGGACCUCCGGGUCUGGGUCUCCGGCGUCAUGACCUACGUCUACACCUGCGCCGCCGGAGGAAGCCAAAGCUCUGAACGCCACCCUGGCGGCGCCCAGGGAGAGGACGUCCUCGCCCUCCAGAAAAAGCUGGGCGUGUCGCCCGAUGACGAGACCGAUCACGCUGCCCGGCGCAACCUUCUGUCGACCGAGCUCGAGAGCAUCGCCAGCACGUCCGCCGAGGCGAACCGCCAGCUUCUCGCGGCGGAGGAGCUCCCUGACGAGCUAGCCGGCAAGCGCGAGCUGCUGUCCCGGACGCUCAUGGGGAUCGACGAGGCGGCCACCGAGGCCAAGCGCCAGCUUGAUGAGGCAACGAUGGAGGACACCAUGUCCGGCGGCCAUCCUGAGCACAGGGGGCCUCCCCCCCGGGAUCCGCCAAUGCUCAUCGGCACGUUCGACGAGAUCCAAGACGGGCGCAGCCAGGUGCCGCCCGGCGACUUCCCCAAGUGGAUGCCGGCCACCCAGCGGAGGCUCCUGCAGCUGCCCAGCCUGCAGAAGCCCAACAAAGUGGUGGCCCCGGAAGGGAGCGGCGACUUCAAUACCAUCACCGAGGCCAUUAUUGCCGCCGUGCCCAAGACCUUCGAGGGCCGCUUCGUCAUCUACGUGAAGGCCGGCGUGUACAAGGAGUACGUCACCGUGCCCAAGGAUAUGGCCACACAGCCUCGGCGACGGAGCACGGGAGCGGCGUCGGUGUGUGGCGGUGCGUGGGCACCCGCCUGCUUGAUGCCAUCACACCGGCCAUCGAGCGCUAACUUGAUGCCAUCACACACCGGCCAGAGGAUACAGGUUCACUAA